UGAGGUUAUAUACUUCAGAGCGAAUCGCUUGACCUCCCUCGAAAACGGAAGUUAUCAUUACAAUUUGAGAUGUGGUCGCUGUUAAAAACAUGGCCGGAGAGUUUGCUGGUGGAGUGUCUAACUUAGUGCAGACUUGUAAGCAAGUGUUAAUAAAUGUUACCGAUUUGAGACGGCGCUCGAAUUGAUUCGGGACGAUCGACGUUUGACAACACACGAACAGUGUUGUGAAAAUUGUCCGUGAAAAUGUCCACCAGCAGUGAAUACACGGAAUAUGUGGAGGCUCUGAAGGAUUAUCAAUACACAAAUGACAAAGGACAGGAGUUAGCUAUCACCCAAGGAACCUACUACAUUUUACUAGAGAGAACAAAUUCUGAAUGGUGGCAUAUUCAGAACCUGGAAAAUCCCCCCAAGGAAUUUUACGUACCAGCAAGUUUCGUCCAACACUCGGGCAGAUAUCCUGAGGAGACGGACGAAGUUUUUGAUGAUGGGGAGGAAGGAAGCUCUGAAGGUGAUGGCACGGAGGAAGAAGACUCUGAGUCAGAUGUAGACAGUGAACCAAUUAAAAUACCUGUUCCGAAAGGGAAACCAUUGCCACAAAUUCCAGGAAAAUCAAAAUCUGCUAACAAUAAUGCAUCAAAGAGAAUUAGCUCUUUCAAACCGCUUGCUUCCACUCCACCACCGGAUUACAAUGUUGAUGGUCAUGAUUUGCAGCAUAACAAAAUUGGGCCUGCAUCAACCCCACCUCAGCAGAAAAUUGUAUGUGUUGAAAUAGACAAGUCACCAACAAUUAAGCUACCAGCGGCCGGCAGUUCACCACCUAGGGGUCCUGUUUCACCCCUGGCAGUUAAGCCAGUUGUUCGGCCAGAUAAAGUAUUACCCCCAGUGUCACAGCCUAUGGGCCACGUUCCACCCCCAUCUGGCCCACCCACACACUCUGAGCCUGUGUUAUAUGCUAACCUGCAUGAGCUGAGAGCGGCACCUGUACCUGCAAGUGAAGUGCAGGGUCAAAAUGAAUACGCCAACUUGAACACGAUUCAGGCAGUCCUGAAGCCCCCGAUUGCCCCCAACCCCGACAACUUCAUCAGGGGACUGUGUGAUAACUGGGAACUCUAUUCAGACUCGAUAAGUGGCCGACAGUUCUACUACAACUCCGCUACCAAGGAGACGACGUGGAAACCUCCUCGGGGAGUGGACAAACUUUUGGCAGAUGGAGAGAUUGAAGGCAGUACUGAGGAGAAAAAUGCACAAGUUAAUGGUAAUGCCAUCAGCAGUGGUCGGGCAGUGUCGCCCUCUAGGAUCCCCCAUGGGUAUAAAGAGGAGACAACUGAGGCAGGUGGGAAAGUGUACAUCAACGAGGUCACAAAAGACAAGUGGUUUGCCUUUGUGGACAACAAUGGUCGGCAGUAUUUUUACAAAGAAGGCUCCCAGGAGUCUGAAUGGCACCUCCCAGAGUUGGUCAACCAUAGCCAGAGCGUCUCUAAUGCCCUUAGUCACGUGGAUGUCGCUUCAUGCAAGGCUGCUAUUAAAGGAAGGAUGUCUAAGGCCAAGUCUAUGUACGUGGACAGUCAAGACCGACAGGAGGCUCAAAGAAAGUCAACGACUUUGCCAUCCAACUUGAUACUGACUGCUGCCAAGGGAAUUACCACAUCUGAGAUGAAGGACCUAGUUCCUUCAGGGAGCCAGACCUCCGUGAAUCCCGUCUUCCCCAGGGAUCUGAAGGACAGGUUCCUGAACAAAACCAAGGUCAUGGAGAAUGGAAAAAGACUGAAGAAAAACUGGACAUCAUCAUAUGUGCUUUUGUCCGGGUCUAACCUGGUAUUUUACAAGGACCAGAAGGCCUCGCAGGUCCGUGCCGGGUCCCCUCAUGGGAAGCCCGACUUCAUCAUCAACUUACACGGAGCUAAUGUAGAGUUUGGGGGCAAAGACUUGUCCAGCAAGAAAAAUGUGAUACUGCUGACGACGGCACGGUCUAGUGAGGACCUGACCCAAUACCUGCUGCAGUCUGACGACAACUCACGGAUACACCACUGGUACAUUACCCUGUCUGAUGUGGUGGAGCGGAUCAGACAGGGUGUGGAGCUACCCACAGACCUGAACGGCAGCCCGGGGAAGAAAUCACCUGUCAAUUCUGAACCUAAUCAGCUGAAGAGGGGAAAGUCUACCAAAGGGAAACCUGGAGGCUCAGGUAUAAGUCGAUCGGUGUCAACUGAGGAGACAGUCUCGCAGGAACGCAAAAGAAGGAUACGAGAUAUUCUCUUUCAUUUUAUGACCCGAAGACCUAGUCCAGAAGUGUUGAAGGAGAAAGGUAUCAUAAAAGAUGUGGUGUUUGGAUGUGACCUGAAGCAGCUGUGUGAGAAGGAAGGGGCCUCUGUACCCUUCUUUAUCAAGCAUGUUAUCUCCUGUAUAGAAGGUCAAGGACUCAAUCAUGAUGGCAUGUACAGAGUGAGUGGGAAUGCCUCACAGAUACAGAAACUGAGAUGUAUGGUGGAUCAAGAUCAAACUUACAAUUUUCAUGACCCAAACGUUUGGGACAUCAACGUCCUCACCGGAGCCCUGAAACUUUUCUUCCGAGAGCUCAAAGAGCCGCUGUUCCCGUUUGACUCUUACAGCAGAUUUGUGGAUGCCAUUCAGGUUCCCCAGAGCUCGGCCAAGCUGAGAGCCUUUAAAGAAGCUGUAAAUGCCCUUCCCAAAUGUAACUAUGAGACUAUAAGGCUGUUGUUCAGACACCUGAAAAAAGUGACUGAGCAGAGUAAGGAGAACCGCAUGCAGUCUCACAAUCUGGCCAUCGUGUUUGGGCCGACUUUGUUGUGGCCAGAGCUCAGGGCACCCAACAUGGCCGUCAGUUUAGUCUUCCAGAACCGCAUCGUAGAAUUUAUACUCUUGGAAUACGACAACCUGUUCAGGUGAAACACAAGACUGUAAUAUUUCUGCUUGGUAUUCACUUUGGUCAAAGGCUUUGUGCUGAAGAAGCACCUGUAAUUAGUGACUAUGUGUGCAAGGAUGUGGUGUAAUAACGACAACGGAAUUUCUGUGGGUGCUGAAUUGGAACAUUUUGGGUACAAAGAACGUGCUUAAUAAUCAAUACAAGCAUAAACCAGUGCUUGAUUGUCUAUUCACUUUAAGGAUGUAUUAGUGAAUUUGAAAUGUGGAAAAAGACUUGUUCUUGCAUAUUUUGGAACGGCGUGUGUAUUUUUGAUAUAUAAUAUGGAAAAUGUAGAAAAUUUAUGCUUCAAUCUAAUAAUUGUGUCGUUUUAGACGGAGAAGUAAUGUACCAUAUUGUAUACUUGUACAUGGACUUGACCUCCAUUAGAUUUUCUCACGGGGUGAUGCAAACCGGUACGUGAACCGCAGAGAAAAUUUGAUUGGAGGACCAGUAAAACUGUGAUUAAAAUGAUCAAUUAAACACAUUGUUACAUGUACAUAUUUGUUCUACCAGUGAAAUGGACAUGCAUAGCCUUUUGCUAAUGUCAAAGAUCAGUGUUAGGGUAUUACAGGUGUGCCCAUGUAGUC